GGCUUUUUCAGGGGCUGCUCGCUCGCAGCCAGAGAAGCUGCUUUUUUUUCCGGGUUCGGAGCCGUUCCGGAUGCUUUAGGCUGCCGGAUGUCUGAUCUCCGGAUAACUGAGGCGUUUCUGUACAUGGAUUAUCUGUGUUUUAGAGCACUCUGCUGCAAGGGACCACCACCCGCACGACCUGAAUAUGACCUGGUUUGCAUAGGCCUCACAGGCUCUGGCAAGACCAGUCUGUUGUCAAAGCUCUGCAGUGAAAGCCCCGAGAACGUCGUGUCGACCACAGGUUUUAGUAUAAAAGCAGUGCCAUUCCAGAAUGCCAUCUUGAAUGUAAAGGAACUUGGAGGGGCUGAUAAUAUCCGGAAAUAUUGGAGUCGCUACUACCAAGGAUCUCAAGGGGUAAUAUUUGUAUUAGACAGUGCCUCUUCAGAAGAUGAUUUAGAAACUGCUAGAAAUGAACUGCACUCAGCUCUUCAGCACCCACAGUUAUGCACUUUACCCUUUUUAAUAUUGGCCAAUCAUCAAGACAAGCCAGCUGCUCGAUCAGUCCAAGAGGUCAAAAAAUAUUUUGAACUUGAACCCCUUGCACGUGGGAAACGCUGGAUUCUACAGCCCUGCUCGCUGGAUGACAUGGAGGCACUGAAAGACAGCUUCUCUCAGCUGAUCAAUUUGUUAGAAGAAAAAGACCAUGAAGCUGUAAGAAUGUGAAAUCUGGCAAAGAACACGGGUUCCCAAAGGCCUUGAACCUAUCAUGUUAGUUUUUCAUUUUAUUUUUAUUUUGGUAUCAAGACUUUAAUGGCUUCAGUGUCUCUUUUCCUCUAGUUAUCUCAGACUGUCAUCUCUCUAUUAGAGUGAAUAUUCUGUAAAUCAGGUGAAUUAUCAUCGGCAUUAACGUCAAGUACACACUACUGAGAGAGAAUUUAUUCUCUGUUUACCACUAAUUAUCUUCACCGCAUGUCUCUUCCUUCUGUUCUAAGCAGCUCUUCUAUACUCUGUGCUAAAAUGGGUGGAAUUCAUGGCUCACAGAAAUCAAAUCCCUUAUGAAGGACCCAGGGAGACUCAGAACCUUGACUCAUUUUCCCUGGGUUUGGGGGUGGAGCGUUAUGUGACUGGGGCUCCUCAUUUUAUGUCUAUUGUUUCCAAGAUCUCUUGGGGGUUUUAUUUUAUUUUAUCAUAUUUUAUUCUUGAGUUUUUUUUUGUAUACGGGCCUUAUAGAUAAUGAGAGAAAAAUGAGCACCAAAAACUUCAAUGAAUCUCCUUAUCAGAGAGGAACAUCCUGCCAAGAUAAAAUUAACAUGGACGAACUUAAAGACAAGAUGCAUAAUUUCCCUGAUUCCAUCUGAGGUCUCACUCCCCUCUCUUAAGAGCAAAAACUUUCCGUUUUUGAGACAAGAGAGAAUUUAGGCACAAUGCAUGCGUGCAUCACUGAUGACUAUUUCAUCGAGUCCUCAAAUAUUUUUUUAGUGGAAAGAUUCCCCUGCAUAAAGUCAAGCUGCAACAUAACAGAGGUAUCUUUUUCUAAAAAUCUAAAUUGUCUGAUUGAAAGAAAAUAAUUUUUAAAAUAAUAGAUAAAAAUUUUAAAAACAGCCAAAAUGAAAUAUGGUUUAUACUGACGAGGUUUAAGCUGGCAUGGAUUUGACAAAGAAAACAAAGACAGAGUCAUCUGUAUAUUCAUUCAUUAAGUGCUAAUGGAGUUUAACGGAGUCGCUGAUUGUCUCCAACAAGUAAUUAAAGGUCUAUCAGUAUUCCUAUUAUAAACCUCUAUUUUCAGGGGUUUCACUGUGCCCUUAAAAAAAUGUGCUGGGGCUGCAGCAAAUCAUUUUAGGGCCUAGAUUCAGUCUUUGGAACUUUUUUUUUUUUCAUUUAAUUUAAAUGAUAAAAUUAUGUAGAGAUAAAUGUGCAGUUUUACUAAGGUUUGGCACCACUGACCUUUUCUAAAUCAAGAAUAACCUAUGGAUAUUGAAGUUUAUGGAUGUAAUACUCUUUGGCAUAUUUUGUAGACUUUUGACCACUUCAGACACAAAAUGGCCAAAUGAUAGAAAACUGCUCCUUUCACCUGAGCAAUAAAAACAUGUUUGUAAUUUUUAGGUAGCACAGACUGGUUCUCAAAUACCACAGACUCUCACUGUAUUACACGGUGAUGUAAUACCUUGUAAUUCUCCAGAAGAUAUACAUCAUUCAAAUACAGCUUUUGUGGUUUAAUCUUGUAGGUGGAUUUUAAUGAAAUCAUUACCUUUGAAACAUCGACCACUUCUUUAAG